AUUAGAUUAUUCACCGUUUUCACAUACUUAACAGUUAUAUUCAUUCUUACCAGUUUUCUCAUGUUUCAACCACCGGAAGACAAUCAUUCUUACGUUUCGUUAUCAAGCAUACAAUCAAGAUCGUCCACUCUAACCAAUAAUUCACGAAGAAGAAACAAGUUUCCUCAUCGUAUUUUUGAUACUUUUCAAAAAUGGGCCUUUAAAUCAUCCAGUCAAAAAACGUCUCACACGUCGAGUGUUUCUUCACUGAACUCAAGUCGUUUAUUAAAUGAAAGCGAAUUAAGUGACAGCUCUGAUCUGACAUCUUUCACCAUAUCUGAACGUGAAGAAAGCAUUGUUUCCGAAGUGAUUCGUAACCGUAAGCAACUGGAAUCAUUAGUUUGUGGUCAUUCUGAUUUUGUUCGCAAUCACGACUCACAGUCCAUCGAUCCAGGUAUAGUUGUGGUUCUGUUUGUUAUUCUUAGGUGUUGUUCACUGUUAUAUAUCGGCUUUAGAAAUGGCUGAACUGGAAUUACGAAGUCAGGUCCCAUUAAAUUCUAAUGAGAUGUUACAAGUGAAAGAAGUUAAUCAUUCCAAGAAUAGUCUAGGUCGGAUACUGAGCGUUCGUAAUCCAUAUAGGAGAAUGAGACUACUCAGCCCCUCACCGUGUAUUUUGAUCUCAAAUGGGAGAAUGUCAAAUUCGAAUAUUGAAGAGGAUGCGCGACUGGGGUUCGCAAAUUUACCCGAACAGAUGCACAGGAAAGCUGUCAAAAAGGGCUUCAAUUUCACUUUGAUGGUUGUCGGUGAAAGUGGUCUGGGCAAAUCAACUUUAAUUAACAGCUUAUUUGUUCAAGAUUUAUACAAAGACAGAGAAAUUAUUGAGGCAAAUAAUCGUAUUCAAAGCACAACUCAAAUUGAAAAACGCCAAAUCGAAUUAGAUGAGCGUGGAGUCAAGUUACGUCUUACCGUUGUCGAUACUCCCGGCUUUGGUGAUGCUGUGAACUGCACUGACUGUUGGAAACCAAUUGAAGAUUACAUUGAUAGCACAUUUGAACAAUAUUUUAAAGAUGAAUGUGGUUUAAAUCGUAAAAAUAUUCAUGAUCAUCGAGUUCAUUGUUGCUUGUAUUUCAUAUCACCAUAUGGUCAUGGUUUACGUCAAAUAGAUGUUGAAUUUAUGCGCCGUCUUCAACAUAAAGUUAAUAUAGUCCCUGUAAUAGCUAAAGCUGAUGCAUUGACUGCUAAUGAAUUACGUGCAUUCAAAGAACGCAUAAUGGCAGAUUUUGAUCGAUAUAAAAUUGAUAUUUAUCGCUUACCUGAAUGUGACAGUGAUGAAGAAGAUGAAAUUAAACGUUUGGAUAAAGAAAUUAAAGCUGUUCUACCUUUCGCUGUUGUCGGUAGCAAUUGUGUGAUUGAUUUGGAUGGUAAUCGUCGAGCUCGUGGUCGACAAUAUCCUUGGGGAUCAGUUGAAGUUGAGAAUAGUCGUCAUUGUGAUUUUACAAAGUUACGUAUUUUCUUGCUAAAGACACAUAUGCAAGAUUUAAAAGAUAUGACAUUGGAUGUGCAUUACGAAAAUUAUCGAGCGAAAUAUAUCACUGAACGGAUGUCUAAACGUCAAAGUGAUCGUCGUGAAGGUGUUGGUGCUGGAGCAUUGGCAAGAUUAGAAAAAGAGGGUGGGACUGGCUUUGAGGCUAUUGUUGAUCAAGAUAGUUUACUAAAGCAAAAAGAAGAAGAGCUUCAAAGAAUGCAACAACUAAUGAGUAAAAUGCAAGAACAGUUGAAACGUAAUACCAAUGUUGUGCCGAACGCAUCAGUCAGUUUAAAUAAUGGUACAAGUAAUGUUCAGUCUUCGCCUAUUCCUGCAACUGGUCCACAAGCGUCUUGAACACGUAAAGCGUACAGUCUGGCUAGGAUUCAAAAUCAUAAUUUUAUUACUUUGCUUAGAAUUCAAUUGAUUAGGUGGGAGAACAGUCAGUAUGCUAAUGAUAAUUAUUUUAUCGCCUGUACUUCAAAAACUGCUUCUUUCUCUAAAUUUAUACUAUGUUUAAUUAUCUGUUUACUCAUAUAUCCAAUUACCGGUUUCAUAUAAUUUUACUUCAAAAAGCAGACAGAUAUUCUUUUGCUCUUAAUGAACCAAAUGGGUCAUUUAUUCCUAAUUUUUAAUUAUCUUUGCGCUUCAUUAAUAAUAAAGUAGAAGAAAGUUUUCUCUACUACUACUAGUACUUUUGCUUUUUGCAGUUCAUUGUAAAAUUAUUUCUUCUCUUUCCUUAAUUGGUCAGGAAUGUGCAUUUUUUUCUUAUUCUUAAUUAAAACAGGCUAGUCGACUACAUUUUCAUUCAUCUAGUCUAUCUUCAAAAUCUAUUUUACUCUCUCGUUACUACAAGUUCAGUUACACUUUGUUCACUAAGAAAUCAUGUAUUUGUUAUUUGAUGUGAAAAUGCUGUAUAUUUCUGUUCACGUACGCAUUUUCAUAUUUUUUGCUUUUUCACUUCGUUUGUUUUAUAUUUUGGAGUAAUAACUAAGAUAUUAGGUACAAUAAACCAUGCUUAUCAAUGUCAAAUGAUUGUCAGUUUUAAAAUACUUAUCAUGCUCAGUUAUUCAUGUCUACUUUGUUAAUUAAAUUUUUUUCCUUUAAUGUACUUCGCUGUUCGCAUUUAACGGUUUCCUGUGAAAUAUUUGCAUACCCUUCCACUUAAUAUAUAAUUGGAAGUGUUUGAAA